CCCCGGCUUACGAGUCCAUGGAGAAUCAGCUCGCCUAGCAGCCGAGUGGCAGUCGUUCUCCCAGUAGAAGAGGACAGCGACUGUCCUUGGACAUGCCUGGUGUGAACCACUCUGGUAGGAUGGACUCUGGCACACCUCCUCCGAGCCCUUCUGGCCCACCAUGCCCACCAGCACCGCAGCCCCAGGCCCGUGCUCGGCUUAAUGCUACCACCUCAGUGGAGCAGGAGAAAAGUGAAACACCUCGUGCUCCCAGAGCCCAAGCUGGUCCUGGCCCUGGACCAAGUGCUGGAGAAACAGCUGCCUCAGCAGAGCCCCGAGUCCCCUGGGCCAGGGGCCGAGGGGUGGAUGGAGCUGGUCCUCUGAAGGCAGACGUGGAUAUACCCUUUGAAGAAGUCCUGGAGAAGGCCAAGGCUGGGGACCCGAAGGCACAGACAGAGCUGGGCAAACACUACCUACGAUUAGCCUGCAACACAGAUGAAGAGCUCAACAGCUGCACAGCUGUGGACUGGCUGAUUCUGGCGGCCAAGCAGGGCCGGAGGGAGGCCGUGAAGCUGCUUCGCCGGUGCCUGGCAGACAGGAAAGGCAUUACUUCCGAGAAUGAGGCAGAGGUGAAGCAGCUGUCCUCUGAGACAGACCUGGAGAGGGCUGUACGCAAGGCCGCCCUGGUCAUGUAUUGGAAGCUCAACCCUAAGAAGAAGAAGCAGGUCGCUGUGUCCGAGCUGCUGGAGAAUGUUGGCCAGGUCAACGAGCAGGAUGGAGUGGUACAGCCAGGCCCAGUUCCCAAGUUCCUGCAGAAGCAGAGGCGUAUUCUGGAGCGUUUGGUCAGCAGCGAAUCCAAGAACUACAUUGCACUGGAUGACUUUGUGGAGAUCACCAAGAAGUAUGCCAAAGGCAUCAUCCCCACCAACCUGUUCCUGCAGGAUGAUGAGGACGAAGAUGAGCUGGCUGGGAAGAGUCCAGAGGACCUGCCAUUGCGCCAGAAGGUGAUGAAGUACCCCUUGCAUGCCAUCAUGGAGAUCAAAGAGUACCUGAUCGACGUGGCCUCCAAGGCGGGCAUGCACUGGCUAUCCACCAUUGUGCCCACACACCACAUCAACGCCCUCAUCUUCUUCUUCAUCAUCAGCAACCUGACUAUCGACUUCUUCGCCUUCUUUAUCCCCCUGGUCAUCUUCUACCUCUCCUUCGUGUCCAUGGUCAUCUGCACGCUCAAGGUGUUCCAGGACAGCAAGGCCUGGGAGAACUUCCGCACACUCACCGACCUGCUGCUGCGCUUCGAGCCCAACUUGGAUGUGGAGCAGGCCGAGGUCAACUUCGGCUGGAACCACUUGGAGCCCUACAUCCACUUCCUGCUGUCUGUCGUCUUUGUCAUCUUCUCCUUCCCCCUGGCCAGCAAGGACUGCAUUCCCUGUUCAGAACUGGCUGUCAUUGCCAUCUUCUUUACAGUGACCAGCUACAUGAGCCUGAGCAGCUCUGCUGCACCCUAUACUAGGCGGGCCCUGGUUACGGAGGUGGCUGCUGGGCUGCUGUCCCUCCUGCCCACUAUCCCUAUGGAAGGGCACUUCCUGAAAGUACUUGGCCAGACCUUCUUCACCAUGCCCAUUGGCCACUUUAUGGUCCUCAAUGUCAGCUUCCCGUGCCUGCUCUAUGUCUAUCUCAUCUACCUCUUCUUCCGCAUGGCACAGCUGAGGAACUUCAAGGGCAUCUACUGCUACCUGGUGCCCUACCUGGUCUGCUUCAUGUGGUGUGAGCUGUCUGUGGUCAUCCUGCUCGAGUCCACAGGCCUGGGCCUGGUCCGUGCUUCCAUCGGCUACUUCCUCUUCCUCUUUGCCCUCCCAGUCCUGGUGGCCAUCUUCACCCUCAUGGGUGUGAUACAGUUUGCUCGGUGGUUCCUGUCUCUGGACAUCACCAAGAUCCUGGUCACCACGGCGAUCUUUGGCGUGCCCCUGCUCUUCCGCUGGUGGACCAAGGCCAGCUUCUCGGUGGUGGGGAUGGUCAAGUCACUGACGCGGAGCUCCAUGGUCAAGCUCAUCCUGGUGUGGCUCACUGCCAUCCUGCUCUUCUGCUGGUUCUACGUGUACCGCUCUGAGGGCAUGAAGGUCUACAACUCCACGCUGACUUGGCAGCAGUAUGGUUUCUUAUGUGGGCCACGGUCAUGGAAGGAGACAAACAUGGCACGUACACAGAUCCUAUGCAGCCACCUGGAGGGCCACAGGGUCACCUGGACAGGCCGCUUCAAGUAUGUGCGGGUGACAGAAAUUGACAACAGUGCUGAGUCAGCCAUUAACAUGCUCCCUUUCUUUGUGGGUGACUGGAUGCGUUGCCUGUAUGGCGAGGCCUACCCAUCCUGCAGCCCUGGCAACAAGUCCACAGCCGAGGAGGAGCUCUGCCGCCUCAAGCAUCUAGCCAAGCAUCCUUGCCACAUCAAGAAGUUUGACCGCUACAAGUUCGAGAUCACAGUGGGCAUGCCAUUCAGCAGCAACAGCAGUGGCAACCGUGCCCAUGAGGAAGAUGACAUCACCAAAGACAUUGUGCUGCGUGCCAGCAGUGAGUUCAAGGGUGUGCUGCUGAACCUGCGCCAGGGCAGUCUCAUUGAGUUUAGCACCAUCCUCGAGGGCCGCCUGGGCAGCAAGUGGCCCGUCUUUGAGCUCAAGGCCAUCAGCUGCCUCAACUGCAUGGCACAGCUGUCACCAGCCCAGCGGCACGUGAAGGUGGAGCAGGACUGGCGCAACACAGUGCACGGUGCCCUCAAGUUUGCCUUCAAUUUCUUCUUCUUCCCGUUCCUGUCAGCCUUGUGAGAAGCACAUGACGCCGAGGAGGCUCCAGUGCAUGUCGCUGUGAGGCCCUUCCAGUGUGGCCACACCUCCAGCAGCAUGGCCCUAUGCCCUGGUGUGUGUGUGUGUGCGUGCGCAUGCAUGCAUAUGUGAACAGACCCAGGGUGCAGGAACCCUGUGCUUGUCUGGACUACAGACCCCACUGGAGGGGGGUCUUUAGCACUGUCCACUUGGAAUGUCAGAUAUCAAAAGAAGUUGCAUGCCACCUUCACCCACACUCCUGCCCUUCCCCAGUGAAGCUGGGGUGUCAGGCCAGGCCCAAAAGGUCUCCUAUCCCAAAGUGCACUUUACAGACUCUCCCACUGCCUCCACACACACUGUUGUCCUUCCUUUUGUGUGGGUAUUUUAAAGAACAAACGCUUCUGUAUAGAUUUCAUGGUAGCUUUCCUUAUUUAUUUGGUUGCUGUUAAGCCCUGACAGCUGCUCACCUUCCUGGGCUCUCCUGUUGCCUUCACCUUGCCGUGUUGUCAGGUCCUGGCUGGUUUCCCGCCUGACGACCAGGGGAGGCAGCUGUGGGAAGUGUGUCCUUUUGGGCUGUCACGGUUCUCCUGUCUUGUGGGUGGUAAGCGUGAGGGUUUCUCGAGUCAACCAGGUCUUAGGAAAUAGUGCCAGAGCAUUCUUCCAGUGUGAAGGAUAGUUUGGUAAUGUUCAGUAAUGAAGGCAAGGUCCUCAGGUAGACGAAAUAAAAAGCUUUGUUGAAAUCUC